AUUGCAAAUUCUUGAUCGUGUUACUCCAGCUUAAGGAAGGUUUUCUUUUCACUGCAGUUUUUUUUGUUUUUCCAUUUUAAAUUUAAUUACACUAUGCAGCUAGAUAACAAGGACAAGCAAUCUGGCAAUGAACCAAAAUCGUCUAAGGAUGUUCCAGUUCGGAUAAUCUUGGUGUUUCUUUUAAUAACUACUGUUACUGCUGUGUUAUUAGAAUUUGGGAUUCCGGAUAACAGAUUAUGGAAAACUGAAAAAAUCGUUGAAGUACAGCCCUCGGAAGCAUCUGAAAUUAAUUAUUACAAGUUUGCAAUAUAUCCUCCUUUCAAGCCCUCAGAGAAACAUCUUCAUCAUGUAAUAGAAAUAUUAGGACAAAUGGGAUAUAAACAAACCUCUAUGAAUAAUGAAAAUUGGAGUUUACUCUGGGCACAUGAAUACCCUUUUCUCAAAAUGGGAACAAGGAUAAGAAAUAUUUUAUCACGUCAAAUUGUUAAUCAUUUUCCUGGUAUAGGAUUCAUUACAAGCAAGGUUGAUCUAUCCACUGCUGCAUUUCCAUUCAUGCCUAAAGCUUUUCGUUUGCCAGAACAGCAAGCAGAAUUUUUAAAAUUUGCAAUGGAUAAUCCCGAUUCCAUAUUUGUGGAGAAAAACAAUAAACACAGAUCCAUUAAAAUUCGACCUUUGAAUUCUAUAAACUUGAACGCGUCUGACUGUUUCAUACAAGAAUAUGUUCAAAAACCUUUUUUGGUAGAUGGACACAAAUUCGAUGUAGGAGUUUAUAUAGUACUAACCUCGAUUGAACCAUUAAUAGUAUAUAUGUAUGAAGGAGACAUUUUGUUCCGUUACUGUCCGGAAAAAUAUUAUCCAUUCGAUGCGGAAAAUAUUAAUAAAUACGUCAUUGGAAAUGACUAUUUACCAACGUGGGAAGUUCCUUCUUUGAUCAAAUAUUUUGAAAGAUUUGGAGGAAGUAUGCGCUCUUCUUUCGAUGCAUACGUACGAGAUCAAUUUUUAGACCCAUCUGUAAUUUGGGAGCAAGUUGAAGAAAUUGUACGUCAGACCAUAUUAUCAAAAAAAAACAACAUUUUAAAAGCAAUGCAACCCUUUAAAACUGGAAAGUAUUUCGAACUCCUACGAUUUGAUUUAAUUGUUGAUGAUAAUUUACAAGUUUACCUCAUGGAGGUUAACAUGUCUCCUAAUCUUUCAUCGGCACAUUUCAAACCUAAUGCAUUGUUAUACCAACAAGUUUUAUACAAUGUUUUAAAUUUAGUUGGUGUUGGAUCACCUCUACGAAUUGAUAAAAGGAUUUUUGAUGAUGAAAAAAUAACAUCGGAUAAAAGUAUUGCGGUAAAUCUGAAUGAUUGUGCUAAAUAUGCCUGUCAUAAGUCCUGUAAUAAAUCUGAAUGUGAUCUCUGUUUAUCCUGCUUGAAAGCUUCGGAAGUUAAUAUAUUAAAAAAGGCACAUUAUGAACAUUUACAUAAAAUGGAAAUGAAGAGAAUAUUUCCAAAAGCAAUGGUUAAUCCAGACUACUUCAACCCACAAGUGGAAAUACAGAAUCUUUCAACACGAGAUGGGUGGCUCACUCGAUGGUUCUAUAAAAAAUGUAAAGAUAACCGGAGUUGGUGUUAGUUAAGAGAUUUCAGCUAGUCAUUAGAAAAUUUUAUUCCGUUUUAAAAUACUAAAGUUUAGCUAGAAUACAUUUGUCGAAUAUUUUGCAGUUAUUUAUUAGCAUUUUUUACACAACUUAUUAAACAUGAUUUACAUGCCUCACAAAGUUUGAUGUACAUCAAGUAUUAUCUUCUUUAUAAAAAUGAAACGCUAUUUUGUUAUGUACUCGAAGAAAUUAAUCAAUUACUCUUUGUAAGAUAAAUUUAAAAAUUGAAAAAAAUUAAGAUAUUAUUUUUUGUCGAAACAUUUCAAAAACUAACCAAAUAAAAAUGCAUCUAAAGCGUAAAUCAGAUAAAACUUGGGUUACCAUCCCCACCACAAAGA